AUGACAUCUGUUGCCGCCACCGACAAAUUCCCCUAUGGGACGCUCACCCCAGUCUCUGCUGAAGAAAAGCCAGACUACAACAGCCUGAAGACCAUCCAUCAAGAGCUCAAUGCCAAUGCAAUGACAAUCCCAUCUACGCAUGGAGGAGGCCACUAUGGCCACCUCGCAUUGGUCGUACAGGCCGACAGAUACAACGCACUCCCCAAUGCCAUCGCAUGGAUCAAUCCCAUCCAUCCAGGACCAAACCCCGUCCAUGGUGUAGCACCUACUGCUGCCCAGAUCUCCGAAAACAACAGAGUCUAUGCAGCCGAUGAAACAAAGUUUCUCACCUUCAGAGCAACUGAAGCCGCCCUACAGAAACAACUUCUGGAAGCCAUUCCAGACACCUUCACCAAAUCACUCAAACACGAUAUGUACGGAUAUGCCCAGGUUACCACCCUACAGAUCCUCAAUCACUUGGAUGAAAACUAUGGCACAGUAGACACCGAUGACCUAGAUGAUAAUCUAGCUCGAAUGAAUGCUGACUGGAGCCCCAUCCAACCAAUCGAAGACCUCUUCAAUCAAGUGAAAGAUGCCCAGAAAUUCGCUGCAGACCACGACGUUAUCUCUGACAAACGAGCCAUCAGUGCCAUCGUCAACAACCUCAAGAAAAGUGGAGUGUUUACCGACGCCAUCAAAGAAUGGCGCAAGAUUCUACCGGCGGACCAAACAAUGGACGCCCUCCAGAAGCAUUUCGCUACUGCGGACAAGGAUAGACGCCGAAUCCUAACACCGAGAAAGAAGUCGGAUAUGCGAAUAAGGCGACAGAACACAAGGAAAAAUUUGGAUCGACGAAGCCCAGCAUUCCCAUGUAUUAUUGCUGGUCGCACGGACUUGGCCCAAACAGCAACCACACCAGCACUAGCUGCUCGAAGCCGUCUCAAGGCCACAGCAAGGAAGCCACAGCCGAUAAUAUGUUAG